AUGUUCAGAGCUGAAUGUUCAGGCUGCAAAAACCAGAAUAUAACAGUUUAUAUUUUACGUAAAGCCUUGCCAAAGGAAACGAAAGAUAAAGAAGCUGUCGGAAUUUUAAAGAAUCUGACGUUGGUGGCAACACUUGGGAACCAAGUAAUUAACACAGCGAGAUUUCAUGAGUUUUAUUUUGAACCUAAGGCAUCACAAUUCUUCUUAGUGUUCCUGUCUGCAGGUAGUUGUACUCGGAUUCAAGACAUCAGAUUAUCCUACUUCAUUUGUGACAACAACAUUAGCAGUGGGGUUAAACUGUCCAGAACAGUUGCCCCAGUUAAUGGAUCUCAAAGAGUGAAUGUAAGCUGUCCUGUAAACACACUAAAUCCUGGUAAUGAAGAAGCAUAUGGGUUGUGCUCCAGUAAAGGAAUAUGGGAGAUAAAAUCGCCAUGCAUGUGUAAGAAAGGAUACACCUUAAAUACUAAUGCAGAAGGAUGCAUAGGUAAGUUGUGUCUGGUUAGUUUGAAUUGAAGAAUUCCUAAUUGGAAUGUGAUCUGAUUAGAUGUUUAGUUUGUAUAAUAUUUUGCCUUAAGGCAUGAACUUUAUUAAAUUAAGGUAUAAGCAAUUGACAUUAAAUGUAAAUCUUUAAAAUAUUUUUACCAUUAAUGAUUAGAAAGUAUUGCUUUAAAACAUGAAACUGUUUAAUAAAGCAAACAUCCAUACGUUAAUUUAAAAUUUUGAAAUUAUCUUGUAACAUUGAGAAAGCAAUUAGAGUAUGAAUAAUAAACUUAUAUUCAACUACAAUAUAUAUAGGAAUAUAUUUUUUCUAUGUUGAAAAAGAAUAUAAUACUCAAUAUAAAUAUCAUAGUCUGAGUAUAGAUUUUGAAAUAUUUAGUUUAAGAAUGUCCAAUCAACACAUAUAAAGAUACGGUUGGAAAUGGAAAAUGCACUCCUUGUCCAAGGAAUUCCGGUAGAAAUCUCAACGGACAAGUUCAGUGCGUGUGUUACGAUAGCUUCUAUCGGUUUCAAGGGGAGAACCAUAUAUAUCCUUGUUACAGUGAGUACUUACAUUAUUUGCAACUUUUUUUCUUCAAUCCUACUUUGUACUUCUAGAUGUCAGUUUUACUCAUGGAGUAAAUAUUGUCUAAUGGGUGUAGCCUAUAUAUAAAGUGUAAAGCUGCAUGCAUGAGUCAAGAGUGAGAUGUUAGGAUAAAGCAACAGUCGUUUUUCAAAGAGUGAAUAUAAAAGAGCUCAAUACAUAAUAUAGUAUACUAACGAAGAAUCUAGGUUUUCUGACUUUUAAAACAAAAUUAAGCAUGCCUUUGACAUUGCCGUUAGUUCAGUUGUGUUAGUCUAAGAGAACACGUAAAUGAGUAAUAUAAUGUAGUAAUGAACAACAGAACGCCUAUAUACAGUAAGUAGCAACAAGCAGAAUAAAGACAUACGCGCUGACAUUUUCUUUUUUCAUAGGAGUUCCUCCCCCUGUCAAAGACGUCAAAUUUAUUGACAAAACUGAAACCUCGAUUACGUUGCAAUGGACACCGCCACCUGGCCAGGGAGUGAUGUAUGACAUAAAAUGCAAUAAAUGUCCAUCAGGCAGUGAUAGUGGGCCGUGCGUAGUGCCGUGUGGACGCCUAGUGAUGUUUAAACCAUCCCAAAAUAACCUUACGCGUACGAGUGUAACCAUACAAGGUCUCGAUCAAGAUACGGAAUACGAGUUCGUAAUUUAUUCCAAGAAUAUGAACAGUCUACGCAUCAAUAGGACCAACUGGAAAAGCGCUAUGAAGAAAAUUAAGACCGAAGGUAUGCUGUAGCUGACACAUGAUGUUUUGGUGUUUAACUACCAGACCACAAUGCAAAAGUGACGUGCUAGCUCCUAUUCGUCAGGGGAGGCCAGCUGAAAAUUUGGUUGUUGCAUGUUGUAAAAUCUUUUCAUUUAUUUUGCGCUACUUUUUAAGUGUUGAUUACAGGAAUGUCCAAAUCAGGUGGUCUUCCUGCAGCAGUUAUAAUUGUUGUUCCAGUGGUUGUUACUAUUCUGAUGAUCAAUAUUAUUAUUAUUUUUGUGAUCUGUUUAUUUAAACGGUAAGUCGUAAGAUCUGUAUUGAUGCAGAAGUCCUUUACAUGGCGACGUAAGACGUUGUAGUUUAAAUAUUAUCGUAUUUUUUUCUUAUCUAGUCGCAAAACCAGGCAAUCUCGAGCCAGUCAACGCCUAAGUGGCGGAGGUUAGUCCUAUUUUAUGCCAGUGAGCUCUAUAUACAUGUAUAUCUGGAGUAAGAUCCAAAACGUGAAGCUAAAGAUGGCCGUGUCACAGUGAUAUGUUUGCAGCCGACUAAAGUAUAAAACAUACUCUGAAUAAAAGUUCCAUCUUUGGUGUAUCCCCAUACUCAUAUCACUAGGGUUUGGCGUAACAAUCAUAACCCUUUCCUCUUUUCCUAGCAAUAUGAGUUUGGAGAUUGGUACAAAACACGGGGAUAUAUGCAAUAUCCGCUGUGGUACGGUUAUUUACUGUAAAGUCCCAAAACGAUUUGUAACUCUUAAACUUACUGAAAAGUGCGGAAAAGUGAAGCUGAUGAUAAGUUCUAACAAAAUUCGUAGCUUUUCCUUGACAUCUUGCAAGGAAAAAUUAAGACUGCGCAUAUGGUCUAAUUGGAUACAUAUAACUGGGAACAGCUUUGUUCUAAAAUAAGCAUAUCUGUGAAUAAAUUCAAUUUAUUACAAUGUUAUUUAGAUAUCUCUCUACUUUAUGUUGAUCCAAUCACAUAUGACAAUCCCGAGAGAGCGCUGUCGGAGUUUGCAAAACAACUGGACCGGAAUUUGAUUAAAUUUGGAGACAUUGUUGGUGGAGGUACCGAAAAUUGUGUUAAUCAUCAAGUCUCUGCCAAUUUAUUAUUAUCAUUAUAAUCAAGUUAUGUAGGACUGUGGAUGAAGUAAUAUAGGACCGUUAUUAAAUCAGGACUUUCGAUGCAACAUUGUUAUAUUAGAGGACAAACUUAGGUCUCUUUAACUUUUUUCAGGGGAAUUUGGUGAUGUGUACAAAGGGGAAAUGAAGCUUCCUGAGCAACCAGCAACGAAAGUGGCAAUUAAAACGCUCAAGGUAGUGUUCAUGCAUGUUUGUACACAUUUUGAUAAAUUUCCAGCAGCCAGAAUAUUUUUCAAAUUAAAAACAGCGGGAUCUACGAUAUGAACUGUAAUUUGAAGGCCAGCCGCAUGUGAUCUCUCGACAACGACAUUUAUUUGUACCAAUUGUUACAUUUUUUACUAGCCAAGAGCAUCGCACAAGAAUCGAACAGACUUUCUCAUUGAAGCGUCUGUGAUGGGGCAAUUUAAGAAUUUGAAUGUGAUUACUCUGGAAGGUGUUGUGACUAAAAGUAAGUUCUUAUGUGAUUGUACUUUACCAGCUGUGUUUUUUUAAAUCUCUCAUUGUUAAGCUAUAGCAGCAUCUUAAUACGUGGUAGCUAAUACGUGGUAUAGAUGGUGAUGAUUAUGAUGAGAAUGAAUGGAUCAAGACGGUGAAAGUGGUCAAGAUCUGUGAAAAUCGUGAUAAUGAGAGUGUUUUAUGUUCUAUUUAGGUACACCAUCACUCAUUGUGACAGAAUUUAUGGAGAAUGGAUCUUUAGAUAAAUAUUUAAAGGUAAAUUAAAACGAAUACAAUAUAUAUCGAAUACAAUUGCUAUUGAUUCUCAUGUCAUAAACCUUGCAAAUUUUUUAAUAUUUAUUGUUUUUAGGAAAACGAUGGAAUGUUAAAUCCAUUACAACUGCUAGGAAUGGCCCGUGGAGUUGCCAGUGGUAUGGAGUACCUGGCCGGGAUGAAUUUUGUGCAUAGAGUAAGCUAAUAUUUUAUCUUUUUCCAGAGGCAUAGGAAGGUUGAUAAAUAUAUAAGGGUGGGGGGGGGGGGGCGUUUCCACGAUUCGCCCCCAUGGUUAGCGCCAAGCGGGAAAACUGAUUUUCGCAAAAUUCGGAAUAACACGUUCACAGUCUUCUCUUUUCAUUUAAGGAUUUGGCUGCCAGAAAUGUCUUAGUUAAUGACAAUCUUGCUUGUAAAGUCGCUGACUUUGGCCUGUCCAGGGAUCUUGACAAUAGUGAGGACUCAGAGUAUGAAUCACAGGUCAGUGGGUCGACCCAUUGCAUCACAAGAUUUAGUUGGCAUCUCACUCGAUUGAAUAAGAGCUAGUUGAAGGAAUUUGUACAUGGAAAUUAUCGAGUGGAAAUUUUAUAUGCAUGUACCAGAUCUAACCAGGAACGGCAGGAAUCGAAUUUGUGGCCCUGCGAUUCCGGGGCAGUGCCUUGACCAUAUCUGAGCUACAGAGAGACAGUCAUGCUCGACAACUAGACUCUGCAACUCAGUUUGGUUAGAGCGCUGCAUUGGCCUCGCAGAGCAGCAGGUUCAAUUCCUGCUGAAGGAAUAUAUAGAUGCAUUUUUCGCCGCUGUUCCUGGUUAGGUCUAAUAAAUGAACAUAAAUUCGAAAAUUUUAAUUUAGAAAACCCUUCUAUACCAUUGCACGACAGGCCAUCUGAAGAAUAAAAAAUAUCACAGUCAAAACACUGAGUGACUGCAUGGAUGGCAUUGAGAGAAGUGGAUGGCACUUAUUUUAUUUUAAACUUGUACUAUAUAACGUCGAGUUUAAUUUUUAGGGAGGCAAAAUUGCUGUGCGGUGGACAGCUCCCGAAGCCAUUACUGAUCUUAAAUUUUCAACAGCCAGUGAUAUCUGGAGUUAUGGUAUUGUACUUUGGGAAAUAAUGUCCUUUGCUGAAAGACCUUAUCGGAAUUGGCGCAACGGAGAAGUGAGUGUGCGAUGUAUUCUUCGUAUAAAGUAGCGGCUUUAUGAAGCACAAUUCGCACAUUAUAUGACUGGAUUAUUUUGCGGUGUUUUUAUAGGUUGUGAUAUGGGUCAUUGAUGAUAUGGGUCAUUGAUGUAAGUCCGUUAAUAAACUUCUUGGUUUCUAACCGGGGUUCUUUCUCAAUCUAUUUUUAGUUAUAUCCAACCAAUAGUUACCUCUGCCAUGCAGGAGUUUACGUUUUUAUCUGUGUUUGUGUUUGUCUAUCUGUGUGUUUUUUUUUCUGUCAGCGCGAUAAUUUAAGAUAUCAAGCGUAUUAUUACGAAUAUCUGUGGGACCAAUGAACAUUCCCCAAGGUCAUGGAAAUUGAUUAAAUUUUGGUUAAAUUUGGAGAAAAAAUUGGAGAGGAAAAUGAGCAAAAGUUCGUCAUGCUUUGCUGGACAGUAAACUGAAUGCGUAUAAUUAGUGGAAAAUAUAUUAAAUUUCAUAAAUUCAAAAUUAGCUUAAGGUGACUACCUACACUUUUUAAAAAAUGGAAGAUUUUCCGAUUUGGCAUUGAAUUUCUGGACAAUAAUUAUUUGUUGAAAAACAAAGAGUACUUCAUUUGAAUAAAACAAUAAAAUAAAAUAACUAAGGGGUUCGGAGCUUGUAAAAAUUUAUUCCUAACAGCCUAUGGCAGCAAUGACGUUUCAAUAUAGCGGAUAUUUUUGGUUUAAAGUAAUUUUACUCGAAAAUAAGGUCGGUGUCCACCAUUUAUUUUAUAGCAUGAUUUUUUUUAGUAUUUUGGAUCGUUUCGUGAUUUUGAAAAAAAUCUGUCAUGUCAAAAUUUUUCAAGAUCUGAAAAUGUAAUAAUUUGUAACAUUUUUUUUGCAUGACAGAAUUUCUUAAAAAUCAUAAUGAUUAAUAAUACUAAAGAAUUGUUUUUAUGAAAUAAAAAAUUUGGGUAACCAACCUUAUUUUCAAGUUAAACAACUUUAAACCCAAAAUAUCAAUAUUGGCCAUAUUGUUGAAAAAUAGGUACGCAGUGCGUACAUGUUGCUGCCAUCUGAAACCUUAUGAUGCGUUAGCGCUUAUAACUUUUGGUACAACUAGCCUGAAACUUAAAAUAUUGAUUUAAUAAGUUUAAUAUCAAUAUAUUUAUUGAAAAAUAGCUAUUAUGUCAAAAUUAGAAAGCUUAAGAUUCUCACGCGAAUAGGCAACAUUUUUAUGAACGACUGUUCACCCUUAGUUGCAAGCGACGGUAAUAACAAGGUCAAGGUUUUAUCACUGAUUGUCAUAGAAUGGUAUUUUGUUGUAUUACAUUUCAAUAGUAUUAAUGAAAUUUUGUUUGAUAUUUUGAAUAUAUUUCAUGUUAUUUACAAUAUGUACUAUACUCUGUAGUUUUGAAGUUUUGCACACAAUAUAAUCAGUGUGAGCAAAAAGGCUCCGUUUCAAUUUGAGCAUAUAAAAAAUAUUAUUUUGAUAGCAUAUGGCCUUUCACGAUAUAUAAAUAACGCCUGAUAAAUAAUCAGUGCGAGCACAACGGCUCCAAAAUUACAACAAAUAUAUAACGGAAUAUAAGGUAAAUUAAGAACAGCCUUUACCUACCUCUAUCUAUUUUUCUAAGGCGCUCAAUUACGUAAAUUUUCGGCAAACAAUCAAUAUUUUCUUUGCCUUUCCUGGACGAAAGCCGCGGACGAAAACGUACAAGAGUUAUUUACAUCACACGAAAAUGCUCGUCGGAAAAACUCGGUAUUUGUCGGUACACUAAACACCGCGACACAAAAUUUAGAGCUAAAUGAAAGUUGCAUGCCAUAUAUGACAUGUAACAAAAAUUGCAUCUAAAUCGGAGAUCUUCCAUUUUGUAGUGAACUGUAGGGAACCACCUUAAGUCGAUUCAAGAGAACUACUCCAAUUCUAUUUUUGCGAUGUGAUAUUUCUGGGGUAGGUUUUGCGGCAAGUUAUAGUGAUUGUGAAAUACGCAUUAUACAAUAUAAACAUUUUUGUGUAUAUAGAUUUGUCCUAAAACAGUGCAUGAGUUAAUGAAAGAAUGUUGGAUGACAGACGGAACGAAACGACCACCAUUUAAAGAAAUUGUGAGAAUAAUUGAUGUAUGGAUAAAAUAUCCCGAAAAACUUAAUGAAGACUAUAUCAAUGUGAGAAGGUAUAAUUCAACAUGUGAAAUGUAAAAAUUGUCGAACACGUAACAAUCCAGGUAUAUCAUUAAUGAUCACAGACAUGCUUCACUACCUCUCCCCUCGACCAUAUACAAAGCAUGGUGAUUGAUAUUUAUAUGCUACACUAGUCUAUGAAACGUCUUUAACCAUAAGGAUACUUUCAUACUUUCUCAGAAUUGAGCCAUUGGACAACUCAACAUUUACUUCAGUAAAUAAUUGGUUAGGCACCAUUGAGAUGGGGAUGUAUGCCAGUAAUUUUUCAAUGGCGGGCUACGAAGAACUGUCUGAUGUCGCUCAACUUACCGAAGAUGAACUCUUAAAGAAAGUUGGAGUUACGUUGGAGGACCAUCGACAUAAAAUGUAUGAGAGAAUUAAAGAAAUGAGUGAGGACAUGAAGUUAAAGCGAGAGCAGUCGGUGAAGAUUUGAUGUUGGUUACUGACAAGGCAGGAUCAUUUGACGUAUUUCACAAAACAAAGCUUCAUCUUACUAUUUUAUUGCUAUAUAUAGCCACAUACUUGAAGCCUAAACUAAAUAGUAAACUAGUGUUAUACAGUACUAUGAUAAGUUGCUGUACGCAAGACUGAAUGGACAAAAAUGCAAACUAUUGCGUAUUUUUAUGCUACAGCCUAAUUAAUAUACAUGGUCAGGUAAAAGAAGGCUUGUGUGUAAUACAUAUAUACUACAAACAUGGUCCAGUAAGAGCUGCACCAUUUAAAUAGCAUACAUUAUCUACGUAACGUAUUUAUGCAGCGAUAGAUAUCGUAUAUAGUUUUCAUGUGUGUGAAUGCAUACAGUAGCUAAAUCAUUUCAUUCCUACAACAACCAUAACAGGCUAACAGUUUCCAGAAGGCGAAAGGCGUUUCCCAGGAGUAAGGAAACUUCUACAAGCUUUAAAUAUGGAAUGCAACAACUGAAAUUGAACCACUGUUCAUCUUGUGUCUUGCAUGCAAACAAAAGCUGAAAACCGAAGUUUAUAUAAACUAAUAUUGAAUGCUGGAUAUUAACAAUGAAGUCAAUUUUUGAUGAAUUUUUUAACUGAAUGUUGUUUUUAAACAUGGAAAUAGGUCACAUAACUAAUUUGUAUUAUGGUUGAAAAUAUUCUUGUUCAACGGAGAUAUUUAAGAAAUUCGAUGUAAAGAGACAACUUAAAAUGAGGUGUGCUAUGGAUUUGUGAAUAUUAAAAGCAUACGGUAAAGCAGUAGGACAAUUUCAUUUAGCUUUGUAACUCGCAGAGAAGGAUAGUUUAACAGUUUUGACACUUCUGGCGUAAAAAUGGUUAAUAUUCUUUUACUAUAGAUGCAGAGACGUUAUUAUUCGAGUACAUGAAGUAUUUUACACAUUGUUUACAAAAUGGUGGCCAAGCACGGACUUUAGGACCAAUUCAAUUUGACAACAAUAGUAUUCUAUCUAAAUAGCAGUUAAAGUGUACGGCACCUGAACUGUUCAAUAUCUUGCUUGACACAGCUUCUAAAUCCAUAAAACGUUUACAUAUUAUCCAAAUACUGUAUAUUUUCAAAAUCCGCCAUAUUUAUUUACAUUAGAACCCAAGCCUUCGCGGUUCACACGAAAUAUUACGUCGGUGAUUUUCACUAAUAAUAAGAGGGUAUGAUCAUCCAAUUAUUUCAUCGUUCGAAGCGAGAGGAAACCAUGCAUUCCAUAUAUGGCACAAACGUGUCCCAUGCAACUUCCUUAUAUGGCACAAACGUGUCCCCAAAAUAUUUUAUCGAAACCGUUAUGAUGUCAUAAGAUUCCUCACGCUCGGAACGAUUUGAACAGGUCGCGUGGUACAGAACCCAGGCAGCUGAUUGGGUUAGCGAGUGACAACGCCCACUUUGAUCCUACCCUGAUGGAUAUUGAACAGUUCAGGUGCCGUACACUUUAUUUUAACUGCUAUUUAGAUAGAAUACUAUUGCUGUCAAAUUGAAUUAGUCCUAAGCCCGUGGGCGAAGUGACUGAAAAUUUGAGGUAAAAACAGCUGUUUUUGAUCGUUAUUCUUGUGCUUUUUGAUGAUGGGAUCCCCAAAAAGGACGGUUUAAAGUUGAUUUUGGAAAACAGAGGAAGUCUUUAAUUAAUUAAUAAUCAAUCGAAGUAAAUAUUGUUCGUAAAAUAUUAAAACCUCCGUAUACAAAUAAAACUAAAAUAAAUACAAAAAACUAGAUUGUGUACAAUAUAUGUGUCUUCAGCAAUUCUUGAGCCGCCAUCUUAAUUGUUUUCCCCACUGGCAGGAUACGAGAUGAUAUCUUGCUAAAUAAAAAUAUUAGUUCACCUCAAGUCCUUUGAACGACGGAAUGUAUACAGUACAUACUUUCCGCAUAGAGUUCUGAGUAAUAACUAAUAAUACAGAGUUCCUUGUUUUGUUCUGUAUAGAAUAUCCUUGACUUGCACUUAUAUUAUAAGAAUCCGGGUUUACGAGUUGUGCCACGGUUCGAAUUCUUUGCCUUUCCUCUAAGUGUUUCCACAUUUAACAUUUUAACUAAUAUGACUAAUAUUUAACUGAUCAAUUUUUUUGUGCACAAUGUCCCUGAUUUGUCCCAAAAAUGUUCGUAUUAAUUGUAGUAUUUUAAGUUAACGUGCUAACAAAGAAACAGACACAAACGCGGAUGACAACAUAACUUCGAAUUCCUGGUGGAAAGCGAUAAUUAAAGGUAGGUUACAGUCCCUUCUGCGCAUGCGCGGGCUUUGUUUACGUUUUUUGUUUUGAUCCACAUUAAUUAUAUAAGAUGAAGUAUAUGACGAGUUCAAAGUAACAUUCCACAUAAUGUGUGACCGAGGAGUGCAAUGUUUAACAAUACUUCGCUUCAUUUCUUGUACAUUUCUACACUGGAAAUUUUUGUACACAUUAACACAAUCUUUUUAACUGUAAACAUCGUGAAUAAAGUUAUAAAGAGGCCGCUUUGAACCUUGUGUGACUUGCUAUAUCAACAGCUGGGGCGGCGAACCGAAAUCCCGAAGGUGUGAGCUCGAAUAAUUUGUGUUUACCUUUGGAGUUUGUGUCUCAUCAUGAAAAUACUGUUGUUGUCAUUAUGACAGAAGCGCUUGGCCUUAGCGAAAGCUUUUCGCUUGACGAAAUUCGAAACAAGUGUGGUUGAGAAUGUGGCUGCAGUUCCUAUCUUCGUGGCAAAGCCAAGGGCGAAAUUUUUGACCGUGCAAAAGCUGGAUAAAUAAACAGUUUUUGUUCAUGCUCGUGCGCGCUAUGGAAAUGAUUUCGUUAUAAACAACAGAAGAGUUCAAUAGAUUGACAGUGACGAGAGUAUGAGACGCUAAGAUUAUUUUUUGUGUUAUAAAAAUGUAUAUUUUGAAAUUAUGAACUGGAAGUAUGAAUUCAUUGAUAUUACUCUCAUAUUGACACUAAAUGAUGAUAUUCUUGUGACACUGAAUGAUCUAAUAGUAAUAUUAAUUUCAACAAUUCUGGUCCAUCUAGUGAUCACGUUAGUUCAUCAUGUCUCUUCAAGACAGUCAGACAGAGGACAAUUGCUAAAUAUAUGCUUGUUUCGCUCUAUAUCAGAGCUCAUCAGAAUGCUCAGGAAACACUGAUGAAAUUUCUAUUUACAUCAUUCAAUACAUGUAGAGACUAUACAAUUACUUUAUGGUUUCCGUGUUUGGAUGGCCUGAUCCAAACACGCGGGAAUGUUGCGAGAGUUAAGAAAAGCGAGCGAAACACGAGCCGAAGGCGAGUGAUUUUGCCCGCUUUUCUUAUUAACUCGAGCAACAUUCCCAAGUGUUUGGAUCAGUCCAUCCAAACACGGAAACCAUAAAGUAAUUGUUUUAUAAAAUAACAACAACACGUGUUUGGAUGGCCUGAUCCAAACACGGCUUUCGACCAAUCAGAAUACGCGUUAUAUACAUGUUAUUUUAUAAUACAUGAUCAUUAGAGCUUGGAAAUUAGGUCAAAUUCCUAAAGAAAAGCGACUCUCAUUUUUGGUAUGUGAGGUAUAAUUUACAUGUAUAUACAUGUAUAUUGAUUGUGCACAAAUUAUCUAACUAAUAGCUAUGUGUAAAGCUAUACUGCAAAGCUGCUAUCUUUAUUUAUCUCAAUGACAUUUUCAGUAUUCUGGAUCAUUUUCAUUACUUUGUGAAGAGUUUAUUUUCUUUGAUCUAUAUACAUUUUUAGAUUUGAUUUGUCUUCAUGUGAUAAAAUAAGAACCUGAAAUGCUAGCCUAAACAAAUUCUUAUUUAGGGUGUCUAAAUAAAAAAAUUUAGCCUGACAAGUUCUUAAAUUGUAGGUUCUUAUAUAUGCAAGCAGGGACGCCGGAACUGGGGGGGCAGGGGGGCGGCUGCCCCCCUUGCCUUUUGCUAGGGGGGGGCAGAAGUGCCCUUUUAGUUAUAAAAAAAUACGUGAUAAAUCACAUUUACAACGAUGCUUUUUGUACGAAAAUCAUGCGAUUCAGACAAUUUAUAGUUUAUAUUUGACUUUUGGUAUGUCCGGAAAAAUUUUUUGACCCCUAAAAUGGUACACUGACCGAAAUUUUUUUUUGGGGGGGGGGAAGAGGUCGCCGAAAUUUUUCGAGUUAAAAAAAUUUUGCGGAAGAUUUUGAAGUUUUGCUUUAGAGAGGUGCCCUUGGUGUGGGUCCGCCCCCCUUUGCCUUAUGAUCAUUCCAGCGUCCCUGUAUGCAAUGCAAGCUUUUAUAGUCACAAUUAGGGUGCACGUGAAAAAAUAUACUAGUAAUUAUUAGUUGAGUUUGUUUACAUCAUAUAAGUUUCUAUGAUCAAAAUAUUUUAUAAACUAAAUGUCUUAGGCGGUAUUUAUAUGGAGACGAGCCAGCCCGGUUACCUGAGCUAAUUUAAUUUAAUUUUUAAACGUCAACUUUUAAACCUUACACCAAAGUGUGUUUAGUUUAUAAAUCGAACUACGAAUCAAAUUUUAUAAUCGCUGACUUUUUAACAGCUAAUAGCACCAAAAAUUCUUACAUUUUGCUGAAUUAACGUCGGCAAAAAUUUUCCGACCUGGGAGGUUGAUAGGUCGGCAUUUAGGUCGGCAUUGCCGAAUGCCGACCUCGUUUUCGACAAGCGAUUUCACUGAAGGAUCCACAGUGAAGGGAGUGAAUAGCAGCUAUGUUGGGUGAAAUGUCCAAUUCGUCUAUGAUUCUUUUCUUGAAAACCUUUAGUAGAAGCUUGACGAUGUAGGUAUAUCAUUGGGAAACGCAGACAGAAAUGACACACUCUCCAUCGAGGAAAACAAUAAAAUAGAUUCACUUUGAUACACUUUGGAAGCAUCUCUGUCAGCGUGGUAUUCUUUCCUACUCGUCAUGUUGACUCAAAAACUCGUUAUUUGACGGAUUGUCGCUCAAAAAAGUUUAAUAUAUUUUGGAAACUUCUAGCUUCACUCCUUCGCUUGCGAAAAAAACAAUGCGCGUGUUAUUGCUGCCUCCUCCGCAGGCCCUCGUUGUCUCAUGGGAAGGUCACGCUUUCGAGAGGGCCUGCGGAAUCUUGUAAAAUGAAUAAAUGUUGUUUUGAACCUGCUUCGUCGAAGAAGGCAGUUUUAUUCGUGCAACGUUGGUGUGGACAACAAACCUUAUCGUUAAAAAAUGCUUCCUUCCACAUCCUAAGAGUCGCCAGUUUAAUUUACAAGUUUCACGCCGCUUUUUUAUAUCUGUUUAUAUUCAAGAUUAUGCAGAAAUUUACUUGCUGACGUGACGCCGGCGCCAUUUUUUUUUACAAGAUUCCGCAGGCCCUCGCCAGAUCGUGACCUUCCCAUGACGCAACGAGGGCCUGCGGAGGAGGCAGGUGUUAUUGCCAGAAAUGAGACUGGACCGAGUAUAAACUGGGAGGCCCAACUUCCGGUGGAGUCCCCAGGCAAAAACAAUCGCAGACAUGCGCAGAAGGGACUGUAACCUACCUUUAACUAUUUCAGUGUUAUAUAUACAAUUGCAUGGUAUAAUUACUUGCAUGGGCAAGUAAUUAUAAUUGUAAGAAACGAAUAACAAUGUCAAUAAUUAUAGGAGGCGGCCGGCCCAUUCAUGCGGUGAGCAAAUUAAGCAGAUUGCGGACAAAUAAAAAGUUCCACAACCAUUUUGUCAUUUUCGCCCACUGCAUGUCAACCUCGUCCCCAGCUCUUUGCAUGAAGUUUCCCGCUAAUUCUGUUCCGCUUCUGUGACGCCAGGAAAUUAAUAUUCCUCGAUGAACGAGGGACAGGAAAGUGAUAGUGACGCUGGCAUGCAAACACUUCUUCCGGCACUAAUUCAUUACGGAAUCUGACGAGAUUAUGUGAAGAUUAUCGCGGUUUUGAACUUGAAAUUUCUUACUCAAUUCAUCUAGGGAUGUUAACGUUUGAAUACUGAGCAACCAAGCGAUUAAGGUAUGUGUUUUGAAUCAUAGAAGUAGAAGACAAUGUGCAGUGGGUCAAUUUCCCGCCCCCCAGAAUUUAGAAACCAUGAAAUACGGCCAAUUGUUUGGGGAAGUCAGGAAAAUUCGGCCAAAUGUACCACAAAAUCCAGUAUGUUAAAUUCAGCUUCUUUCAUUGCAAUAUUCGAUAAAAGUUCGGGCAAGCUUCAAGUGCCCCUCACCGUAUGCUAGUUUAUUGUCUAUAGCUGCUCCGCGCUCUGGUUUAUAUUGUCUAUAACUGUUUCGUAUGUGCUUUAUAUUGUCUAUAGCUGCUCCGUACGCUUGUUUAUAUUGUCUAUAGCUGAAUAUAUUGGGCAGUUUUGUCAAGAAGAUUAUCUCGUCUCGCUGUCUCGGAGCUUGGCAGCUUGCUUGUUCUCUUAUCGUCGUCAUCGAUCUUCGUCAUGAUCAAUUGAUUUACUCAUGACUGGAGCGUGUUGAAUAUCGCUCAUGCUAUCAGUGAACUCACUUUACGCUGCUAUUCACUAUUCGACAUACCAUCUAAAGUCUGUAUAUAGAGUAUCAAAUUGCCGACUUCUAAAUAUCUGUAAAUAUAACGGUGUUGCAAGCAGGUGCCAUGUGGGUUGUUCUUCAGACAUUAUUAUUGUUGUGAGUGUUGUUUAAGUUGUAUUACAAAACAUUCGUUUUGCACCCGUAAAAAUAUAAAUAAAUAUAAACUUUCCGGAUAUAACACUACUAUACCUAUAAGGGGGGUUAAUUUUCAGAGAUAAAGUUUCCAUAUAUAAACAUCGCAAUUUCGCUUCGUGUAAUUUGUAACUUCGGGAAGCUAAGUAAUUGGACUUGGGUAUACACUCUACAGCCUCGUUUUCGCGAUUGAUAUAUUGGCUUUAGAGCCCUAUAUCUUGUCACCGCGAAGACUUGAUUAUAUAAAGGCCCUUUAUAUUAUCAUUGAAUAUGACUGGAUGAUUUCGUAUUAAAAUAUGGAGAUAUGCAUAUGUCGCUCGUCUGAUUUUCAAAACAAAGUCGCCCCUUGAAAACAUUGCUGUGUCGCUUUCGGAACGUUAUUGUUUUCCUCCUUUCCACGUGGCUUUCACAAUUUAGAAAGGGUUCGCACCCAACGUCGCUAUUUCGUUUUCUAUAUGUCGCCAUUACAAGGCAAUGUCGUUUGUCGGAAUUUGCCGAAUAACAUAUGCCUCUCUAUAAAGCCGACACGUUCAAUGUCAAGUACUUUAUGGAAUGGGGUGUAUUUAUUAUGCAAGAGUUGAUGAAUAAUUACCAUAAACCUUGACUUUGUCAUGCAAUUGUUUUCUUUCUCGUUUCGAGCACGACAAAGUGGCGUACUUUGCAUAUUUAAUUUACUGACUUGCUCUUCAGUAUACGUGCGAGAAGGGACUGCAAUAAUUUCUGAAUCGGGCAGGUUCUGUAUAAAAACCGGGCAGAUUCUAGUUAAAAACCGGGCAGAUUCUAGUUAGAAACCGGGCAGAUUCUAGUUAGAAACGGGGCAGAUUGAAGUUAAAAACCGGACAGAUUUUAGUUAAAAACCAGGCAGAUUCUAGUUAGAAACCGGGCAGAUUCAAGUUAAAAACCGGGCAGAUUCAAGUUAAAAACCGGGCAGUUUUUAGUUAGAAACCGGGCAGAUUCAAGUUAGAAACCGGGCAGAUUCAAGUUAAAAACCGGGCAGUUUUUAGUUAAAAACCGGGCAGAUUCUAGUUAGAAACAGGGCAGAUUCAAGUUAAAAACCCGGCAGAUUCUUUAUAGAAACCGGGCUGAUCUAGUUUAACAUCGCGCAAACGAUGAAAGGGAAGCACGACGUUUAGCAUGAUUGAAUGCAACGUCGAAGUUUUGCUUAUACUCCUAUAACUGUAUCAUUAUUUAUUAUUUAGAUUCAUCAAAGGAAUUGCGGUGAAUGAAACAGUUUAAAUAAGAAAUGAAUUGUGUUAAAGAAACGUCAUUUAUUUUUUCACUUUACAUAAUAUUAAGUUUUCAAAUACAUCUUUUCGUAUGUAAAGAAGGUAUAGUUUUCUUAAUAUCUAUUUCAUUAAGAUUUGAAAGUUAGGAAGAAAAAAGAUUCCAUAAAUGAAACACACUUGCUCAAUGAUUUAGUUUUAUUAAACAGAGUCAGUUCAUCCAUCAAUCUCUCAUCAAAUGGUUGGUCAUUCGAUUAGUCUGCUCCGCUGAGCCAGUGAUUGGGUUUUAAAUCUUUAUUGCCGCCAGUUUCUGAGUAAUUAUUUACAAAAUGAACACCGAUAAUAAAAGAACAAUGAAAAGCUAUCACUGAGCCAGUCGUAGGAUGAGACAGUCAGCCAGCAGCCAACCAUGAUGAUCUGUUGGUCAUUGACCUCUCUUCUUCGCAGAGGAGAUUAUACUUACGAUUGUACUCAAUUUAUUCUAUUGAAUCCAAGUAUACAGCCUGCAUGUUGGUUGACUAAAAUUGUAAAUAUUAACGCCUAUGCAGAGGAGAGGUUGUAGACAAUUAGGAGUCACUGUUAGCCAGGUUGGUCCUUUACUUCAGCAUGGUCUGUCAUUCAGAAAUUGGUAUUGAUGGACUACUAUUUUCUUUAUGUAGAGAUUUUCAAGACAGGAUCAUGUACUGACUAUUUUUGGCAUAGUGUUCCAAGAACUGCUAAGGGGGCGCCGGUAAAACAGAAAUUCAAAUUAUUUUUAAUAUAGUAAAAUGUAUUGUACUGUUUGUACUCAUCAAUAUAACAUACUAUACAUAGUCGUUUUACAUAUAUGUCCGUUUACUCUUUUAUACACGUCUUUUCUUUGCUAUUCUCUUAAAUUAUUUCUAUUUUAACAAGUGUUCAGCACAUAUAUCUUGAGUACAACAAUAUAGCACUAGGGAAUUCGCCACAGGUUUCCCCAAGAUCGGCAUGUUUUCGUAGUACUAUUGUUUUUAUUAAUCCUGAUUUUGCAAACUGAUAUCUUUAUAUACAAAGGUCACUAAUUUGAAACACGUAAUUACACGCUCUAGUGAUAUAAGUCUUCAAUGUAACAGAUUUAAUUCACUUCUCAUUAUUUUCCUAUAUUGUUGGAAACUUGGAAGAGCGCAUUGUCAUCAAUUGAAUAGUUGUUAAUGAGUUACAGUGUAAACUGAGUCCAAGUAUUGCAUUUCAUCGUCGUGUUUGUCAGUGGCAAGCAGACCAAUUAUUUGCCGAAAGCAGAGGCAAAUAUUUGAUCUGCGAGCCAUACUGACAAAUCACGACAUUUUUCGAUAACCGAAUUCAAUUCAUUUUCAAUUUUGUGGCGUUUCGAUGUUCAACGAUUAAUCUGUACAAUAAGAAUAUCUGAAAAUUUAAUUGUUGUAGAUUAUAAUUUUAUAUACACAAUAAAUUGCUUUUCAAAAAUCUUAAAUGCACAUGCUCAGACCAUUAUUUGCACCAGUUAUUUGCAGCUGACGUAUUACUCCGAUUUUCACCAUGCACGAGUUAUUUGUAGGAAAAUUAGCCAAUCAACGUUGAGAAAAUAAAUAAGUAAAUGAUGAUAUUGUUUACUGUGCAAUAGUUCAAAAAAGAUAAUUUGGUCAUGUUGUAUUGUUUAUGUAAAAUUAUUGCAGGUGAUCGUUCUGUUAGAAAGAAUGUUAAAUGUUUGGCAAUGCUAUAGGUUCCUAUACUUACCAUGCAGUUACAUAGUUUCAUCCAUUGUUUACUAUAGUGGACAACUGCUAAGGCAUCUGGACAGGACUAUUGCUCUAUUUGCAAUGUAGAAGUCGCCACGGAAUUUUGGUUGGUCACAAAUUUGAUCUCAGCUCCAGAGGACAUUAAGUCAAUACAUGCAAAUGUCCAAAUGUUCAGAGCUGAAUGUUCGGGCUGCAAAAACCAGAAUAUAACAGUUUAUAUUUUACGUAAAGCCUUGCCAAAGGAAACGAAAGAUAAAGAAGCUGUCGGAAUUUUAAAGAAUCUGACGUUGGUGACAACACUUAGGAACCAAACAAUUAACACAGCGAAAUUUCAUGAGUUUUAUUUUGAACCUAAGGCAUCACAAUUCUCCUUAGUGUUCCUGUCUGCAGGUAGUUGUACCCAGAUUCAAGAUAUCAGAUUAUCCUAUUUCAUUUGUGACAACAACAUUAGCAGUGGGGUUAAACUGCCCAGAACAGUUGCCCCAGUUAAUGGAUCUCAAAGAGUGAAUGUAAGCUGUCCUGUAAACACACUAAAUCCUGGUAAUGAAGAAGCAUAUGGGUUGUGCUCCAGUAAAGGAAUAUGGGAGAUAAAAUCGUCAUGCAUGUGUAAGAAAGGGGACACCUUAAAUACUGACAAAGGGUGCACAGGUAUGUUGUGACUGAGGUUAGCUUGAAUUGAAGAAUUCCUAAUUGGAAUGUGAUCUGAUUAGAUGCUUAGUUUGUAAUAGUUUUCCCUACAUUAAAUGUAAAUCUUUAAAAUAUUUUUACCAUUAAUGAUUAGAAUUAAUUGUUGCUUUAAAACAUGAAACUGUCUAGUAGAGUGAACAUCCAUGCGUUAAUUUGAAAUUUUGAAAUUAACUUGUAACAUGAGAAACCAAUUAGCGUGCAAAUAAUGAACUUAUAUUCAAUUAGAGUAUAUAGGAUUAUAUUUAUUUUUUCUAUGGUAAAAAGGAAUAUAAUGCUCAAUAAUAUAAAUAUCAUAGUUUGAGUAUAGAUUUUUAAAUAUUUAUUUUAAGAAUGUCCAGUCAACACAUAUAAAGAUACGGUUGGAAAUGGAAAAUGCACUCCUUGUCCAAGGAAUUCCACUAGAAAUCUCAAAGGACAAGUUCAGUGCGUGUGUUACGAUGGCUUCUAUAGGUUUCAAGGGGAGAAUCAUACAUAUCCUUGUUACGGUGAGUACCUACACUAUUUGCGUAAUGCAAUUUGCAAAUGUUUUCUAAUGAGUGUAUAGUAGUGUAACGCUGCAUGAGUCAAAAUAGGAUAGGAUAAAGCAACUGUCGAAGAUCUAGAGUGAAUAUAAAAGAGCUUCAAGAUUGCUGAAAUAUAGUCAAUAUAUAACAUAGUAUACUAACGAAGAAUCUAGGUUUUAUGACUUUUAAAACAAAAUUAAGCAUGCCUUUAACAGAUUGCCCUUAGUUUGUGUUAGUCUGAGAGAACUACCAUGCAUAUAUUGGCAUGGGUAUAUAUAUGCAUAAAUAUGAAAGUAUAUAAUGUAAUAAUGAACAACGGAACGCCUAUACAGUAGCAAUACGUAAAAGCAGAAUAAAGAUAUACGCGUUGACAUUUUCUUUUUUCAUAGGAGUUCCUUCGCCUGUCAGAGAAAUCAAAUUUAUUGACAAAACUGAAACCUCGAUUACGUUGCAAUGGACACCGCCAUCUGACCAAGGAGUGAUGUAUGACAUAAAAUGCAAUAAAUGUCCAUCAGGCAGUGAUAGUGGGCCGUGCGUAGUGCCGUGUGGACGCCUAGUGAUGUUUAAACCAUCCCAAAAUAACCUCACGCAAACGACAUUAACCAUACAAGGUCUCGAUCAAGAUACGGAAUACCAGUUCGUAAUUUAUUCCAAGAAUAUGAACAGUCUGCGCAUCAAUAGGACCAACUGGAAAAGCGCUAUGAAGAGAAUUAAGACCGAAGGUAUGCUGUAACUAACACGUGAUGUUUUGGUGUUCAAGGACUGGCCCACAAUGCAAAAGUGACGUGCUAGCUACUGUUCGUCAGGGGAGGCCAGCUGAAAAUUUGGUUGUUACAUGUUGUAAAAUCUUUUCAUUUAUUUUAUCUUACUUUUUACUUGUUAUGUGUUGAUUGCAGAAAUGUCCAAAUCAAGUGGUCUUCCUGCAGCAGUUGUAAUUGUCGUUCCAGUGGUUGGUAUUAUUCUGAUGAUCAUUAUUCUUAUUCUUGUGAUCUGUUUGUUUAAACGGUAAGUCGUAAGUUCUGUGUUGAUGCAGAAUUCCUUUGCAUGGCGACGUUUGAAUACUAUCGUAUUUUUUUCUCAUCCAGGCGCAAAAUCAGACAAUACAGAGCCAGUCAACGCUUACGUGGCGGAGGUUAGUCGUAUUUUAUACCAGGGAGCUUCAUAUAUAAGUCGGGGGUAAGAAUUUGAGUCCAAACGCCGGUGAAGCUAAAGAUGGCGGAAAUUGACGUUCAGUGCCAGUCCCUUUCUAUUGUUUUUGUCUGCGCUUUUUGACUUCGAUUUAACUUAGUUUGACUUUUUGACUGAGCAUAUGGUCUAAAUGAUUGUAUAUAAUACAGUAAGUACACCUUUCCAAAAAUGCUCAAUCCUCGUCAUACAGCCUCGUUUCUUGAUUGAGGCAUUGAAUUUAGAGCCUUUAUCUUGUUAUAGUUGACACUUUAACGAACUAUAGAGUUUUAUAAUAUAGCAUUUGUAAAUUCUGAACGCUGAUUGGCUAAGAGCCGUGUUGACAUAACUCAAUGUCAACACGGAAAAUUUCUUUCUUUAUAUUGAUAUACAAUUAUAUCACACAAUUUCUCGUUUUCUCAAUUUCCACGUACUCGUGUUGAUAUAACUGUAUAUCACCACCGAAAAUGUUUUAUAUUUGUUAAAUGUCAGUGAAUAUGAAGGACCUUUAUAAAAUUAGGUAACCAGUAAAAAAGGGCUCUAAAACCGAGAUCUCAGUCACGAAAACGAGGCUCCAUAGCCAAGGUAAGUACUUUCCGGAAGGGUGUAUUGGGAAUAGUUUUGUUGUAAAACAAGUAGUUUGCAAACAAGCUCAAUAUUACAGUGUUAUUCAUUGUGAUAUUUAGUUAUCCCUCUAAUGCCCGGUGUGAAGAAUUAUAUUGAUCCAACGACAUAUGACAAUCCCGAGAGAGCGGUGUCGGAAUUUGCAAAAGAACUGGACCGGAAUUUGAUUCAAUUUGAAGCCAUUAUUGGUGGAGGUACAGUACUAAAUAUUAUGUUGUGUGAAAAAAACUGUCAAGUCGCCGCAAGUUUAUGAUUAUCAUUAUCUCGAUGCAACAUUGGUAGACAAACCUUUGAAUUCCUUACUUAUGUUUAUUAUUUAUUGUCUUCCCAGGGGAAUUCGGCAAUGUUUACAAAGGAGAAAUGAACGCACAUUCUGGACAACCACCAACAAAAGUAGCAAUUAAAACGCUCAAAGUACUGUUUAUGUUUGUUUGUACACAAUUUUUAGAAAAUUUUAAAUUAGAUUGAAAAGAACAGGAUCUGAGAUAUGAACCGUACCUCGAAGGCCAGCUGUGAUAUCUCAACAAUUACAUUAAUUAAUACCAAUUUUACAUAUCUUUAUUUUUACUAGGCGGGGGCAUCGUCGAAGGAUCGAACAGACUUUCUCAUUGAAGCGUCUGUGAUGGGGCAAUUUAAGAAUUUGAAUGUGAUCACUUUGGAAGGUGUUGUGACUAAAAGUAAGUUCAGGAUAAAUGUCUUCUUCAGAUCUGUGAUUGUGCCUUUUUAUCCCUCAAUUUGAACUAGGGUGCAGCAUCUUUAAUUUAAAAUUUUAAGUACUUGUGAGGUUGGGAAUUAAAACGUAAGGGCGUUGAAGAUUGUUGGGUUUGUUUUAAAGAUAGUGAUGAUGAGAGUGGUGGUGGUGUUUAUAUUGAUGAUGGAGUAGAUAGUGAUGAUGAAUGUGGUGGUGGUGUUGAUAAUGAUAAUGAGGAACAUGGUGAUGAUGGGUAUGAAGGUGAUGAUGAAUGAUGAUGCUGAAGAUAAUGGUAAUAAAUGAUGAUGAUAAUGAUGAUGAAAAUGAAUGGUGAUGGACGAAGAGAAUGGUAAAUAUGAUGAUGGUGGUGGUGCAGAUGGUAGUGACGAUAGUAUUAAAUAUAUAUAUUUUACGCUUAAUUUAGGUGCACCGUUACUUAUUGUGACAGAAUUUAUGGAAAAUGGAUCUUUAGACAGAUAUUUAAAGGUAGAAUAAAACAAAUACAAUAUAUGCAUGAAAUACAAUUGCUAUUGUUUCUCGUGCCAUAAAACUUAUAAAUAUAUCAAUCUCUAUUGUUUGUAGGAAAACGACGGAGUUUUGAAAGCACCACAACUAUUAGGAAUGGCCCGGGGAGUUGCCAGUGGUAUGGAAUACCUGGCCGGGAUGCAUUUUGUGCAUAGGGUAUAGAAUAUUUUCGAUCUUUAUAAUAACACGUGCAGUAUUAUUGCAUAUUAUUCUUGUCUUUGUGGUGUUUAUGAGGAACUGGUUAUCCCAGAAAGCGAAAUGACUACUUCAUCAGUUUUACAUGGCAAUGACGAUGACACUUUACAAUAUUUUCUCGUUUAUAUGGAGUUGGGAGUUAAGCGUAAUUAUUUGUUUAUUUGUUGCGCAUUUGUAGUUUCUACAAUAACGAAAAAAUCUCUUUACAUUUCUAUAUGUUUCUUCAUUUAAGGAUUUGGCCGCCAGAAAUGUCUUAGUUAGUGCAAAUCUUAAUUGUAAAGUCGCUGACUUUGGCCUAUCCAGAGAUGUUGGCAAUACUGUGGAAUCAGAGUAUGAAACACAGGUCAGUUGGCCCAGAGCGACUGGACGGCAUUGAGAGAAGUGGAAUUUAAAAACAAAAAAAGACAAUAAAAUAUUUAUUAUUACAGAAUCGUGACUGGUUGCCACGUACUGUAUUUUUAUAUUUAAGAUACACUUUAAGACGUAGAGUUUAUAUUUUUAGGGGGGCAAAAUUCCUGUGCGGUGGACAGCUCUCGAAGCCUUUAUACAUCGUAAAUUUUCAACAGCCAGUGAUAUCUGGAGUUAUGGUAUUUUACUUUGGGAAAUAAUGUCAUUUGCUGAAAGACCUUAUUGGAAUUGGGGUAACGAAGAAGUGAGUAUACGAUAUAUUCGAAGUGAGCAGCGGAUUUACGAAGUACUGAUCUCACAGAUACAACUGGAUUAUUCUUGUGUGUUUUAUAGGUUAUAACAAGGGUCGCCGAAGGAUACAGACUGCCCCCACCAAUGGUAAGGGUCUAUAAUUGAUACUGUAUAUAUAGUUGCUUAUACUUUGUUCGAUACCCUCAAUGUUAUUGCUGUAUAAGUAAUAAUAGGGAGAACCCAAUCCGUUAAUAAACGUUGUCGUCUUCGUCAAUCUAUUUUUACGCCCGUAUUCUAAAAGCUCACUCACACUCACACUCAAUGAGUGGAGGUUCAAUCUGAGCUUCUCUCGAGUGUCAUUGCUGUUUUUGAAUAGGUGGAGGGAUAGUGUCGUACCUUACUAUGCGACUACUCAUCCUCCAGCUAUUCAAAAACAGCAUUGACACUCAAGAGCUCAGAUUGAACCUCCACUCCAUUGAGUGUGAGUGUGAGUGAGCUUUUAGAAUACGGGCGUAAGUUAUGCCCAAUCAAUAGUUAAUUUAUGUUAUUAUGUUAAUUUUGUAAUUAAUGGUAAAAUAUAUUAAAUUCAAAUCAGGUUAAAUCCAGUCAAGACAUUGCGGUAAAUUUUGCCAAAAGUUGGUGACUGUGAAAUGGGCAUUACAUAAUAUAAAUUGUAUUUUUGUGUUUAGAAUUGUCCUAAAACAGUGCAUCAAUUAAUGCAAGAAUGCUGGCUGUCAGACAGAACGAAACGACCACCAUUUGGAGAAAUUGUGAGAAUCAUUGACGAAUGGAUAAAAUAUCCCGGAAAACUUAAUGAAGACUAUAUGAAAGUGAGAAGGUAUACGAUUCAUGAGACAUGUAAAAACUGUCGAAUACUUUAUAAUUUAUACAAUUUUCUCUAUAAAAGCUGAUCCUAUAACGGCGCAGGUAUAACAUGUUUCCCCAACGUCAGUUCAAGCAAAUGAUUAUAAUGCCUGAAGAAAUUAUUGCAUGUCACGUAUGAUACAUUCGACACUCCAGUUCAGAGGCUUCAUUUGAGGUGUUUUGUAGUUUUCUCCGAGUAUAACUACCCUAUUCAAAGGCUGAUGACUGACACUUGUAUGCUUGACUUCCAAGAAACGCCUGCAUGCAUUAACCAUAAGGACGCAUUUUUAGGACUGAGACAUUGGACUACUCGUCAUUCACUUCAGUAAAAGAUUGGUUAGAGGCCAUCAAGAUGGGAAUGUAUGCCAGUAAUUUUUCCCAGGCGGGAUACGAAGAACUGUCUGAUGUCGCUCAACUUACCGAAGAUGAACUCUUAAAGAAAAUCAGAGUUACGUUGGUGGGACAUCGGCAUAAAAUUUAUCGGAGGAUUAAAGAAAUGAGUGAGGACAUGAAGUUGAAACAAGAACAGUCGGUGAGAAUUUGAUGACAAGGCAGGAUCAUUGGAAAGUCUCGAAAGGUGGUAAUGAACAAAAUAAAGCUUUCCCUUAGCGCGAAGUUACUGCAAAUUCUAGCUGCAGAUUCUGGCUAAACUGAACUAGUGUUAUAUGAUAAUUGGCCGAAGUAAACACAGUGGAUAGUUGUAAAAAACAACAAUAGUUAAAUAGUCUACAGUGAGUAAUAACUUGCAAGUUGCAAGGAACGUCAAUAUACAAUACUCUCUAGAUAGACAACAGCUAGGCGGAAGACAUUCAGUAAAUGUGCGAAAAACAGACAGCUCUAGUUAGGUUGGAAGCUGUUCAGACUUCAGUGGUAGAAAAUGGAAGAACCGAAUAGCAAAUAACAAUAAAAAUAAAAAUAAAAAUAAAGGACACUCGGGGACUGCAUGCAUACCAACGACAAACUUCUGCUUAUUUCUCUAACUUCCAAUUGUCACUCAAAUUUAACGAAAAUCUAAACAAUUUUCGGGGGCAAUGUCCAAUAGUUCUAAAAAUUCUCGUAUUAUAAAUACGUUUGACAUUUUUUAAGUUGUCGUACUGACAGCCAGACAGACACACAUACAGCUAUUUCAAUUAAGGUUUCCCCGGGCAAAGCGGAAAAGUCGAACACGAGCGCGAAAGGCUUGCUGGGAAUUGUUAAAAAAUUCCUUAAUUUUAGCGAUUUCCAGCAAGCAUUUAAUUUCGCGCUCGUAUUCGACUCUUCCUCUUUGCUCGAGGGCAACCUUAAUUGAAAUAACUGUAUACAGACACUAGAUACAUAUACGGAUUAAAAAUAACAAAGUCAAUAGCUAUAGCAGGCUGCCCAUUUAGUGAGCAAACGGAUUGCGGACAAAUAAAUAAAAAAUACAUCGCACGCGGCACUUUGUCAAAUUUGACCACUACAUUUCAACCUCGUCCCCAGGCCUUUGCGAAAAUUUCCCGCUACAGUCAUGUGACCUCCAGGAAAUCAAUAUCCUCGGUUGAUGAGGGAUAGGAAAGCGGAUAGUCGAGCAACGGUGGCGAUUCGUGGUUUUGAACUUAAAAUUUCAUGUUGGAGUCAUACAAGGUAUGCGUCUAUUUCAUGGACGUACGAGACAGGGGGGCCAGGCAAUUUCCCACCCCAAACAUUUAGGAAACCAUUGAAAUUCGGCUUGGAAAAAUCAAGACAAUUCAGGGAAAUAUAUCCCAAAAUAUGUUGAAUUGAAGUAAUUUCAUUACAACUUCCAUAAAAAGUCAAGCAAACGUUUAUAAGUGCCCCCUUACCAUACGCUGUUUUAUAUUGUCAGGAAGAUCAUUUCGUCUCGAUGUCUUGGGGCUUGGUUGUUCUGUUAUCAAUAUUCUUCAAUAUUUGCUUAUGACUUGCGCGUAUUGAAUAUCGCUUCUACCACAGCUUCUACAAAGUCACCUUACGCUGCUACUCCAAUUGGACGUCUAAUUCAUACACAUAUAGACACCUUCUCAAAGUCGGCAUAAUGGAGCAUAUAUAUUGCCGAUUCUAAAUAUCUGUUGACUGUAUAUUAAAUCUAAUGAGUUUAACGGCGGUGUAAUGCACGCGUGCUGCCUGUCGUUCGCGUUGUAUUACUGUGUUGAAUAUUGUUUGAUUGCAUAUAUUAUAAAACGUUUGUUCGGCACGCGCGUUAAAAAGGAAUGAAUAAAAGCUUUUCUGGAUGUAAUACUACUAAAAACGGGUCACUUUUAUAGCUAGCGCUAUAACUUUGCAAUAAACGUUUCGCUUCCGUGUAAUUUAAAACAGUUCAAUGCACUCUUUCGGCAAGUACUUAGCAUUGAUUAUACAGUCUUGCAUGCUUUCGGGGUUGCAUGAGAUAUCAGGCGGCUUUACUGUAUGCAUAUGUCGCUCGUCCGAUUGACGCUAAAUGUCCUAAAAACAGAUUUUAUGCUAAUUGGCUCACGACAAAAAUUAUCGGCGCUUGACGAUUCAAUAGUUCUUUAUUAGAAAACAAGUCGUUGCUUGAAAGUAUUAAUGCUGUGUCGCUUUCAGAAUUUCCGUUAUUGUUCUCCUUUUCCACGUGCCUAUCACAAUAAUAUCGCUAUUUCAUUUUCUCUAUGUCUCUAUUUCAAGGCAAUAUCACCGGUCGGAAUUUACCUUAACAUGCCACUCGAAAGCCGAUAUCUGAAUCCGAAAACUCAAUAGAGAAGGUGCAUGCGAAUGACAAAGUGGCGAACUUUGGAUAUUUAUAAUUAAUUUUAAUACUGCCAAUUCCAAAUCCUUUUAGACACUAUUAAAGUAGCGAAAAAAACUUUCUAAAUUGAAAUGGCUAUAGUAGCUAGCCAUCAAGGGAAGCACUGGCAGAUGUUUCGGUGUUGCUUCGUGCAAUUGAUGAAGCCUAUUAAUAUUUUGGAUGUGGAUUCGAAAUGAAAUAAUUUCCAUGCAAAUGCAGGUCGGAUUUUUAUUAUGCUGCAUGUUGUCAUCUUGAUAAAUUUACAGAAUCAUAACAGUAAAUUUUCGUGUUUUGUUUUAUAUUAUACACUCACUGCUGUCUAUGUCUAUGUCUAUGACUUUAUAUUAUAAUUGUAAUGAGAAUAAUUCUCUCAUGCUAUAGUAUAUGAUUUGAAGUGCUUUCUAUAAAGAAUACUAUAUGUUGCAUAUACCUACUGUAUAUCAUUUCUUUACUCUUGUCAUGCAUGCAUGAGAAUAUUCUGUAAUGAGAGCCUAAUUCUCUUAUUCUCUAUAAAGUUAGCGUGACUGAAGGGCCUAUAUGUUUUUCAGGUAUGAAGAAUAUUAUUUAUGUUGCAUAUAUAUAAUAUGCGGUAUCAUUUGUUUUUAUUUUAGACUCGUCAAAGGAGUUGCGGUGAAUGAAACAAUUUAUUUUGUUGCUGGAUACUUUGCUAAGAAAUGAAAUGUGUUAAAGAAACGUCAUCAGUUAUUUUUUCACUCUACAUAAUAUUAAGUUUUCAUAUACAUCAUUUUGUUUGUAAAGAAGGUAUAGUUUUUUAGUCAUUAAGAUUUGAAAGUUAGGAAGACAAACAUUCCAUAAAUGGAACACAGCUUGCUCAUGAAUGAUUUAGUUCUAUACAUACAUGCAUACACAUAUGCAUGCAGUGCCAUGCAGCCAGUCAAUGCUGUCAAUCCAUCAGCUCAGAGGGUCAGUCGCCUGUCAUGAUGGUCAGUCAAUCCGUUAGUCGUUGACCACUUUUCUCCGCAGGUGAUUAUUUACGCAUGCUCGGUAUACCUGGAAAAUGUAAGGCAUUACAUUUUUCAGAUAUACAGUACAGUAUAUACCG